CUUUUCCCGUGUUACGGACGAUAAUGGGAAGACGACAUAAGUCUAAAUCGUCGUCAUCAUCGUCGCCUUCUUCUUCGCCACCACCACCAUCGUCGUCUUUAUUCAGAUAAUCGCACACUGUUUCCCCCUUUAUUAUAGUCUGUGUGUCAGGUGACCAGGUCAUCCAGCACGCAAAACUCAGACCUCCUCCCUUUUUCUGCUAUUGAGAAAGUGAGAAAAGGCACGAAGUUCGGAAAAGGUUUGCAUGUUUCUGCCUUCCUUUUCUCGUCUUUUCACCCCGAUUCGCUUCUCCAUCACAAUCGAAACGAGUUUAUUUCUUGGGUUGCCCUCUUCGUCAUGCUGUCCUUAUUAUGCCUAUAUUUUAAUAUUCAUCCUAUCUCAGUUAUUAUCUUUUUGCUCACGGUUCAAGCUCAUGCAGUAUUUAUAUCAUUGCCAACAGAUCAGCCUGACGUCCAUCUCGUCGUUCUGCUGCUAGCCGUUCUCAUGCCCAUCUUCUCCAUUAAACGGAACGAAGACGGAAUGAACGGGGUGGCUCGUCGGAAGCAGUUUAAAUUGCGACCGUGGCAAUCGACAGCUCUUCCGUCAAGGCACGAUCAUUACAGUUGCGCCGGCUCGGCAACUGCAGCUGAUGGACUUGGAGGUGCUCAUCUAACGCCAUCACUUUCAUCUUCGGUACAUGCGAGACGGGAGUCGUUUCUCUACCGUGCCAGUGAUGAUCUUCGAGAAGCGUCUUCGUUACGACCAGUCAGUCGGGCGUCGUCAAUCGCGUCCAAUGAGCACGGACACGGUGACGACCUGAUUGUAACCCCGUUUGCUCAACUGCUUGCCAGUCUUCGAAACGUUCGAUCCAAUCUGAUUUCGAUAACCAACAUCCAGAACAGCGACGACAGUCGACACGCUAAUCGAAGUGCGAAACGGCCGCCUUUGCACAACAUUGAGCUUCCAGACGAUGUGGUGCAUUGUGCGCAUGAUACACUCGAAGAACUCGAUUGGUGUCUUGAUCAGCUGGAAACAAUUCAAACUCAUCGAUCAGUGUCUGAGAUGGCCAGCAGUAAGUUCCGCAAGAUGCUCAACAAAGAGUUGUCACACUUUGCUGAAUCGUCCAAAUCCGGCACUCAGGUCUCCAAGUUUUUGAUCACCACCUACAUGGACAAGGAAGAGGAUGAACCGUCGAUCGAGAUCGAAGUGCCCACUGAGGUACAAGGCCCUUCUACAUCUGGACCAAUGACACUUUCGAUACUGAAAAAAGCUCAAACAGCAGCCAUGAAUAAGAUCUCAGGAGUUCGAAAACUUCGUGCUCCAUCACAUGACGGCCAUGUUCCCGAAUACGGUGUAAACUGUGCACGUGAGAUAGCUGUUCAUAUGCAACGACUCGAUGACUGGGGACCUGAUGUCUUCAAAAUCGACGAACUUUCCAAAAAUCACUCGCUCACUGUCGUUACAUUUUCAUUACUCCGCCAGCGGAAUCUCUUUAAAACUUUUGAAAUUCAUCAAUCUACUCUGGUCACCUACUUGCUCAAUCUUGAACAUCACUAUCGUAAUAAUCAUUAUCACAAUUUUAUUCAUGCAGCCGAUGUUGCACAGUCAAUGCACGUUCUGCUCAUGUCUCCCGUCCUUACAGAAGUCUUCACUGAUCUUGAAGUAUUAGCAGCUAUAUUUGCCGGUGCUGUCCAUGAUGUAGAUCAUCCUGGAUUCACGAAUCAGUAUUUGAUCAACUCAAACAAUGAAUUAGCGAUCAUGUACAAUGAUGAAAGUGUCCUUGAGCAGCAUCAUCUGGCAGUUGCAUUCAAGCUUUUGCAAGAUUCAAACUGUGAUUUCCUUGCAAAUUUGUCCAGAAAACAACGGCUGCAAUUUCGCAAGAUUGUCAUUGAUAUGGUACUUGCAACUGAUAUGUCUAAGCACAUGUCUCUUCUUGCUGAUCUGAAAACAAUGGUCGAAGCAAAGAAAGUUGCUGGAAACAAUGUGAUUGUGCUGGACAAGUACAAUGACAAAAUUCAGGUACUACAAUCGAUGAUUCAUCUCGCUGAUCUCUCAAAUCCAACUAAGCCAAUCGAAUUAUACCAACAAUGGAAUCAAAGGAUAAUGGAAGAAUACUGGAGGCAGGGAGAUAAAGAGAAAGAGCUUGGACUUGAGAUAUCACCGAUGUGCGAUCGAGGAAAUGUGACCAUUGAAAAAUCACAGGUCGGAUUCAUCGACUACAUUGUUCAUCCAUUAUACGAAACAUGGGCAGAUCUUGUCUAUCCAGAUGCUCAAAAUAUACUCGAUCAACUCGAAGAAAAUCGAGAAUGGUACCAAUCACGAAUACCUGAAGAACCUGACACAGCUCGUACUGUAACAGAAGAUGACGAGCACAAAUAGCAUGACGACUUGUUGAAACAAGAACAGGACCAAUGAACCCAAUACGUGUCUUUUUAACCUUUUUGCUGAUGAGAUGAUUAUGAUGAUGAUGAUGUGCUGAUAGGUGAUUAAUUGUAUUCAAGGAACCACACAACACACACACAAUGUGAGCGGGUGCCACACUCAGCUUAUAGACAAUCGUUUUAUUUGUCAAUUUUCCAAUUUUCUUCUCUUCUGUCUAUUGCUGACACUCCCAAAAAAGUAUUUUUUGAUCUAGUCAUUCACCCCCUUUCUCCUCUCUUUUUCUUCAAUAUUGUAAUUCACCUCUCUCCAAAUGUUCCCCCCCCCCACUCCCCCAAAACAGAAUCAUCUCAAAAACCAUCCGAAUUGCUUUAUGAACUGAGACUGAAACUUGCCAAAUCAACAACUUCUGUCGAAGGACUCUGUUAGAUUUACUUAUGCUUCUCCCAUCCACACCAAUCAAUCAAUUUUCUCUCCUCAACUCUCUUUUCUUUGCUUUUGUCUUUCUAUCGGGUUUUUCAUGUUUUUUUCCUAAAAUUCUACUCGCACUUUUUCCGGUGCUCGUUUUCUUCUGUCUCUUACUUUUUGUUUCAAAAUUAAUAAUUAGAUCCAAUAGAUUAAGCUUCUCCUUUUUCUAUCAAAAAUCUUUAUUCUUCUAGUUCCUUUCCUCCUUCCAAUGUUCAAACUUCCAGCUUCUAUAUGUAUGUACACAUUGCAUCUUUCACGCUUUAAAUCAGAUUUCUAUACAGCUCUAUGGAUUCCGUGUCGAAUGUGGUAAUUUGAAGAAAAAAUCAAUAAAAGACGUUCAAAUUUG